AUGAUGAUUAGCGGAAGCGGCAACGAUGUUGAGGAAUCACAAAAUCUCUCAUCGGAGAGUGAAAAAGGAAAUGAGGAAUCGGGCAGUUCAUCGCGGAUUGUUGUGGGUACGCCUACACCAAAGUGGGCUGGGACAAGGUUAAUGAGGGAAGAGGAGAACGUCUAUCAGAAGCUAAAGGGUUUACUACCGUCUAUUAUGAGAGAUCGUGUUAUAAUCACUGCAAUGCAUCAAUGCAUGAGAAGAGGUCCAAUGGAAAAGGAGCGGUUUGAAGUUUAUCAAGAGAAUCUGGAGAAGGUAACGAGAGCAAGAGGGAACCGUAGAGUUGAUGACUCUGCUUGGUGCGGGACAUCAGCUAAAAAUCUCGACAGCCUUGCGUGUCGUGGGUUUGAAAUGAAUAGUAAUGUACCUGCUUCUUAUCCUCAUGGUGUUGGUAUAUACUUGUCCCCUUUCUUAUCACCUCAAAUAAGUGAUAUGAUGUCUGAUAUAGAUGAAAAUGGUGAAAAACAUAUCAUUUUAUGUCGAGCUAUAUUGGGAAAUUUUGAAAAGGUUGAGUUGUGGUGGUCAUACUGA